GAUACAUUUACUGUUUCCGGAAAAUUGUUAAAAGAUGCUACCGAACAAACCAAUCUUGGGGUUGCAUUUGUUGAUUUAAAUGGUAAUACCAUAGGAGACCUCACUGUUGUUUCUGCUUGUUCUGGAAGUGGAUGUAAAAUUAAAGCUGGUGACCAAUAUACCCAAACGGUGGAUGUUCAAGUACCAAACAACUUAAAUAGUACGUACGAAUUGACAAUUGGUGUUUGGAAUACAGUAAAUACAGUACUUGAUCCUUUAGGCUGUGCAUUUACUAUUAUAUAG